CGUUGAGUCCGAAAGAUGGCAGUCAUGGCUUGUCCCAGAUCCACAGAUCAUUUUUAAAAAAUUGGAACAGCAUCGUCCAAUGAAGCGUGAGGUCGGAGAUUGCCCGGAUGAAAGUCCGGAAGCGACCUAUGCUAGGGAGCUACAUUCAUGCUAGGGACAGAGGCACAUAGCUAACGUGAGGAUAUUUAGUGAGGUUGUACAUCAUGCAGUAUCGCAGCUAGUGGUUGUCCUAUAAGCAGGAUCUCGUUAUAGAACACGAAUAUACCCAGAACGGAGAGGAGUUUGGGGCGUGGCCUGUGGCAGGGGGUGUGCGGUGGGUGGAGCCGAGCUUCAUGGUCGUGAGUUGGGCUGCCUCAUGGAUGAGGGACUGUCACGCAGCGAAGAAGUGGUGAGGCAAGUACUGGGUGGGAGCGUAGUCGGGGGCGGGGACCUGUGCAACAGCAUUGGCUACGGCCCGCACAGCUCCGAUGAGAACCAGAACCGCCUUCGGGACGAAGAGGUAGAAGAGGAGGGCGUGGAUGGGCAGCUGCAGGGAGGACAGCAGGACUCCAUGAAUAACAAUGAGAAAAUGGACAACAGACCCUGCCCCCCAAACCUGGAUGCCCAACACAAAGACUCCUCCUCAGCCAGCGCACUGCACAGCACAGACACAGGUGAAGCACACAGCACAGACCCAGGUGUGCCUGGGGACUGUCCUUCUGUGUGUCCAUUGACUGGUUCCUCCAACCCUCUAGGAGACAAAGCAGAGGGUUCCCCCAAAAGUGCCCCUGCCCCUGAUCCCUCCUUGCUGCUAGCCUUGUUACGGGAGCUGCAGGAAGAUGGUGACCAUCCCCGGCUCCCCCAACAGCUGCACCAGAUAGCUGAGGCCUACUUCCUUGAAGAAGAUUACGAGCAGGCGCUGCAGUUCGUCCAGCUGGAGAGGCUGUACCAGGAGCGGCUGCUGUCCAACCUCGCCGCCCUGCAGGAUCACUGGGAGUCCAGAUGGAACGCAGGCCGCCAGGGCGAGAGCCAGCCCCAGGGACGGGCCUGCACUGAUCUGAGGUCAGCUCAGCUGGAGACCCUGAGCCUGAUCUGCAGGACACACCAGCGACCUUCGCUCAGUGUGGAGAAGCGUUCGGCCGUGGACAAAGCGCCGAAAAGCAGAACUCGGACCGGGGAAGAGACGGCGGACGGCACCUUGCUUCCAUGCAGCGCGCGCAGCGGUACUGAAUCUGGACGGCUGAUGGAGGAGCAGCAGGCCACUGAGGAGGUGCGCCCGGCACAGGGCACGGAGGGCCAGAGCGAGGACGCUUCCACGCCGGACCACCAGAGGGCGCCGCUAUGCAAUUCUGACUCCUCGCCCCCUCUCGUGGACGCGCCCACUUCGCCCGUGCCCGGCUCCGUUGACUGUGGUGGUGAGGGCGGCGACGGAGAUGCCAAAAAGGUGCCGGGUGGUGAAGAACAGCUGACUGACAGCUCGUCGCUGGCCAGACUGGGCCCCACCGUUCCCCUCUUGGAAACCCCAUCUCUCGGGGUCGAACCAGAGAUGGAGGAGGGGUGCGGUUCGCAGGCUGGUGCUGAAUGGGUGGGGGUGGAGCCAGUCACCACGGGGACAGGAGACAGACAAGGGGACUCGCCCACUGGGGUGGACUCAGACCUGCUCCGCGCACAGGAGCUUGAGUUGAGGGAGGGAGAGGAUGAGGAGGUGGAGAAGGAGGACGUCCCAGAAGACGACUUUGAGGCAGACGAGGAUGAGUUUGGGGACGAGACUCUUGCUGUGUCAGGAAUGGGAGCGGCUUCGCUGGACGAACUGGCCAAAAGAAUAAAGGUGGAGCAGACUGCUCCCACGCCGGGCCUAGUCUCCAUCCUGAAGAGAAGGUCAUCGCUGGAGGGGUCCCCACCCCAGCCCCCGGACCCGCCAAAACAGGUUCCCAAGCGCAAGGUGCGCUUCAGCGAGCCAGAGGACAUGGCGGAUCCAGAUGACGUGGGCCUGGACUCCUGUCUGCUCCUCCUCCUGCUGUGCAUGGUCACCAUGGUGAUCAGCGUGGGCGGGACGGCGCUGUACUGCACCCUGGCCGACGCCCAGUCCAGCGUGUGCUCCGACUUCUCCCGCAACGUGGACUUCUACCUGGGCCAGGUGCAGCGGGGCGUGGACGAGAUCCGCCACUGGCUCUCCCCCGGCUCGUAGCGGGACGGCGGGGGUGGGAGGUGGGAGGGAGGGAGGCCCCCUCUUCCUCGCGUCUUUGCCCCGUCGUUCUACUCAACCUCUCCUCGUCCCUCUCACCCGGCCCAGUCCGCUUCUCCUUCGGACUACAAAGGCAAAGCCUGCAGUGUGUCUGAGAAUGACAGCAUCAGUGACUGUGUGUGUGUGUGCGUGCGUGUGAUUGUAUGACAUCAUUAGUGACUGUGUGUGUGUGUGCGCGUGCGUGUGACUGUAUGACAUCAUUAGUGACUGUGUGUGUGUGUGUGAGCAUGUGACUGUAUGACAGCAUUAGGUACUCCGUGUGUGUGUGUGUGUGUGUGUGUGCGCGCACGUGCGUGUGACUGUAUGACAGCAUUAGUGACUGUGUGUGUGCGUGUGACUGUAUGACAGCAUUAGUGACUGUGUGUGUGUGUGUGUGCAUGUGACUGUAUGACAGCAUUAGGUACUGCGUGUGUGUGUGUGGGUGUGUGUGCGCGCACGUGCGUGUGACUGUAUGACAGCAUUAGUGACUGUGUGUGAGUGUGGGUGUGUGCGCACGCGCGUGUGACUGUAUGACAGCAUUAGUGACUGUGUGUGUGUGUGUGUGCAUGUGACUGUAUGACAGCAUUAGGUACUGCGUGGGUGUGUGCGCACGCGCGUGACUAUAUGACAGCAUUAGUGACUGUGUGUGAGUGUGUAAUUGAUUGCCGUAAAAAUCCAUCACGCACAAAGGUCGGCCAGUAAUUUUCUGGGCAGCGGCCUGUCCGGAAUCUUCUAACCGUCACCAUAGUGACGUGACCUUCAUCUCAGACAGGGUCUCAAACCAACACUGGACUGGACCCACCUUUCCCCUUCUUUCUAUUCGAUUGGCCGACGGAAAGACGAGCGGCCCGUCUCGACCAAUCCGGGAUGGCACCGAGGCUGCCCGCCCUCGCACGGAGGAGUGGCUCCACCUCAGCUUUCAAAAAGCUAACGUGGCUCAGCCGUGUACUGCCACAACCUCAGAAGUCAGUCCUGUUCUAAGUGUUGCAGUUUUGGUGUGCUGGGAGGGCGGCACAGAGAAAGUCUUACCUUUUUAAUUAAUGUCAUUUUAUUGAAUUAAUUUGCUUUACCUUGUUUGUACACCUCUUUUGAGAGGUCCAAUGUUGCAAUGACAGAUUUUUACAGGCAUAGGGGUGCAAUAGCCUGGAAGUAGCAUUGGUCUAUAACGACCACCUCACUAUUUCGCAGAAAUCCACACAGGGGCAGUGCAAUGCACUUGUAUUGUAGACUCUAUUAAGUCGAAAAAGACAGAAGGAUCACAUCACGAUAUCAAACAGGGAAUCCCCGAUGACUCAGGCAUGCUAGUGUAUUGUCUGUUAAGAUUAACUUCAUUUUAAUCAGUAUCAUUGUUCUUUAUAGUCACUUUUCAUUUUCAUCUUUAUAUGGGCUUGCUUGAUUUUUAACUUAAGGGUACUUUUGUUUUUUUCUCAUCAUGCAUUUUCCUUUGUUUCUUAGUGAUGUUUGCUUGCAACGAAAAGGAAGUCCACUUUUUGUGUAAUGUUAGUUUUGGGGGGUGGGGGGAUGCACCAACUAUUCCACUCACGAUAGCGAUGCGCCGCGCGCAGUCCAACUCAGACAGAUUUUAGGGGAUGUAGCUUGUUGCAGGUAGCACCUAAUCGGAAGUUGAGCACUCACGAAACCACUACUGCAGUGAGGGGAACGAUAGCAGAGAUAUUAGCGUCUGUUUUUAUUUCCACUACUAUUGAAUGUUUUCUGGCUGGCACAGAUGACAUGCUCCUUCAUAACGCGGGACUGGAUAUAUUUAUUUUAGUUUUGAAAAGCGGUAGAUCAGGAAGUGCAAACGGAACACUUUUUAAAUCAAGAAACAUAACGUGCAUGUAUACCCGUCUUACUGUUUGGACUUGUUGUGGUUACUGUAUUUAGAUUUUUAAAAUAACCGUUAUUUUAACUUGUAAUGUGGGUUUGUGCUCGCAGGAAUUUUGUGAAAGAGGAACCGCUUCAUUUUACAUCGUUACCACUUCAAAGAUAUCGGUUUAAAACAACGGUUUGAUGUCAAUCUCACCGAUAGUCCAUUUUUCGUUUGUCAUUUUAACACUUCAAAGACAUUUUAACAUUAUGUAGCCUAAGCCACAUACCUUAUCCCUCAACUGAAACAUAUGCACAGUUUGUUCUCCUCAAUUUUAAGGGGAAAGUGUAUUCAUGUUAUUAAGCUGUUCUUGAUGGGGGAAAAAAAAGCAAAGGGGAUAUAAGUGACGUGACCUGUUAUGAAAGCCUGUGUUUCCCCCCCAUUUGUCUGGUGAAUAAAUGUUGUUGUUGGAAUCCA